CGCGCCACUUCCGGGCCGGGCGGCGGCGGAGCGGCAGCGGCGCGGCGCGGACCCCGGGCGGCGGCGGCACUACCGCACCUGGGCCGGAGCGGGCCGGACCGGACCGGACCCCACCUCCCUCCGCUGGGCCGCCGGGCGGCACCAUGAUCACCUCGGCCGCUGGAAUUAUCUCUCUUCUGGAUGAAGAAGAGCCACAGCUCAAGGAGUUUGCUCUUCACAAGUUGAAUGCUGUUGUCAAUGACUUCUGGGCAGAAAUCUCUGAGUCAGUGGACAAAAUUGAAGUUCUCUAUGAAGACGAGGGCUUUCGAAGCCGGCAGUUUGCUGCUCUAGUUGCUUCUAAAGUUUUUUACCACCUGGGAGCUUUUGAGGAAUCACUGAACUAUGCCCUGGGAGCAGGUGACCUCUUCAAUGUCAAUGACAACUCGGAAUAUGUGGAGACGAUCAUUGCAAAAUGUAUUGACCACUACACCAAGCAGUGUGUGGAGAAUGCGGAGCUGCCAGAAGGGGAGAAGAAACCUGUUGAUGAAAGGCUAGAAGGGAUAGUGAACAAAAUGUUCCAGCGGUGCUUGGAUGACCACAAGUACAAGCAGGCUAUUGGCAUUGCUCUAGAGACACGCAGACUGGACAUCUUUGAGAAAACCAUCCUUGAAUCGAAUGAUGUUCCUGGGAUGCUAGCUUACAGCUUGAAGCUCUGUAUGUCUUUGAUGCAGAAUAAACAGUUCCGUAACAAAGUCUUGAGAGUUCUAGUUAAAAUCUACAUGAAUCUGGAGAAACCAGACUUCAUCAACGUGUGCCAGUGCCUGAUAUUCCUGGAUGACCCGCAGGCUGUGAGUGACAUCUUGGAAAAACUGGUGAAGGAAGAUAACCUUCUCAUGGCCUACCAAAUUUGCUUUGAUCUGUACGAAAGUGCUAGCCAGCAGUUCUUGUCUUCUGUGAUCCAGAAUCUCCGCACGGUUGGCACUCCAAUUGCCUCCGUGCCUGGAUCCACCAACACAGGCACCGUCCCUGGAUCGGAGAAAGACAGUGAUGCUAUGGAAGCAGAAGAGAAACCAGGAAGCACUUGUGCAGGGAAGUCUGCAGAAAUUAACCCAGAGCCUAAGGACCAGAUCUCAAAAAUGAUUAAAAUUUUGAGUGGGGAAAUGGCCAUUGAGUUACAUCUGCAGUUUUUAAUACGAAACAACAAUACAGACCUCAUGAUCCUCAAAAACACAAAGGAUGCAGUGCGGAAUUCCGUGUGUCAUACAGCAACGGUUAUAGCAAACUCCUUUAUGCAUUGUGGUACAACCAGUGACCAGUUCCUUAGAGACAAUUUGGAGUGGCUUGCCAGGGCCACUAACUGGGCUAAGUUUACUGCUACUGCCAGCUUGGGUGUCAUACACAAGGGUCAUGAGAAAGAAGCAUUACAGCUAAUGGCAACAUACCUACCCAAGGACACCUCUCCAGGGUCUGCCUACCAGGAAGGUGGAGGUCUUUAUGCCCUGGGUCUCAUUCACGCUAACCAUGGUGGGGACAUCAUUGACUAUUUGCUGAACCAGCUGAAGAAUGCCAGUAAUGAUAUUGUCCGACAUGGCGGCAGCCUGGGUUUGGGUCUGGCUGCCAUGGGGACAGCACGUCAAGAUGUGUACGAUUUGCUGAAAACAAAUCUAUACCAGGAUGAUGCAGUGACAGGUGAGGCAGCUGGCCUGGCACUGGGACUGGUUAUGUUGGGAUCCAAAAAUGCUCAGGCUAUUGAGGACAUGGUUGGUUAUGCACAGGAAACCCAGCAUGAAAAGAUUUUGCGAGGCCUUGCGGUUGGAAUUGCUCUGGUCAUGUACGGGAGGAUGGAGGAGGCAGAUGCUCUCAUUGAGAGUCUCUGCAGAGAUAAGGAUCCAAUUCUCCGUCGUUCUGGCAUGUACACUGUUGCUAUGGCAUACUGUGGCUCAGGGAACAACAAGGCUAUCAGACGCCUACUGCAUGUGGCUGUGAGUGAUGUGAAUGAUGACGUGAGGCGGGCAGCUGUUGAGUCACUUGGUUUCAUUCUGUUCAGGACUCCUGAGCAGUGUCCGAGCGUGGUUUCUUUGCUGUCAGAGAGCUACAAUCCCCAUGUGCGUUAUGGGGCUGCCAUGGCUUUGGGUAUCUGCUGUGCGGGCACUGGAAACAAGGAAGCAAUUAAUUUGCUGGAGCCAAUGACAAAUGAUCCUGUGAACUAUGUACGUCAAGGAGCUCUGAUUGCAUCUGCCCUUAUCAUGAUCCAGCAGACCGAGAUUACCUGCCCAAAGGUCAGCCAGUUCAGACAGCUCUAUUCCAAAGUGAUCAAUGAUAAGCAUGAUGAUGUUAUGGCAAAGUUUGGAGCAAUCCUGGCACAAGGCAUUCUGGAUGCAGGGGGCCAUAAUGUAACUAUUUCACUGCAGUCGAGGACAGGACAUACUCACAUGCCUUCCGUGGUGGGGGUUCUGGUAUUCACCCAGUUCUGGUUCUGGUUCCCCCUGUCACACUUCUUGUCACUGGCUUUUACCCCAACCUGUGUCAUUGGCCUUAACAAGGAUCUUAAGAUGCCAAAAGUCCAGUACAAGUCCAACUGUAAGCCGUCCACAUUUGCCUACCCCCCACCUCUUGAGGUACCAAAGGAAAAGGAGAAAGAAAAGGUUUCCACUGCUGUGCUGUCCAUCACUGCAAAAGCCAAGAAGAAGGAAAAGGAGAAGGAGAAAGAGAAGAAGGAAGAGGAGAAGAUGGAAGUGGUGGGUGCAAACAUUGAAACUUAAAUGUCUUCUUCCCACCCUUAUAAAUGUGGAAGCUCAUAGACUUGACACUGGAACUUGUCAUCCUCAUCUGUGAAUAAUGUGUCAUCCUGGAGCAAGCUGAGGGAUAGAGAAAUGGCUGGAUAAUGAAUUCUGUGUGGUUGCUGUAAUUUGAAAAACAUUUGGCAGCUAAAAUUCUUGCUGUACCCUAACAAAGGACCCUUCCUUUUGUGCUCUGCUAACAGAUGCAAAUAUGCCAAGAACAACUGUAAGCUGAAAAUGAGUUAUGCUGACAAGCUCAGUAGAAACCUUUCUGAUUCCCCUUUAACAUCUAUGUGAGAAAAGCAGCAUGGUCAGGGAAUUUUUGGCCUCUUUAAUUUUAAAAAGAAACACACAAAUGGUAUGUGAAGGGGUUGUGGCGUAAGAUCAAAGGUGUAUGUGUAAAAUAACCUUCCUAGACCUACUUAGGUGUGGCCAUAUUGGCCCAGAAAAUGAAUCAUCUCAUGCGUGCAAGGUGGAAUGUCUGGUUUUUGUCUUUUUGCUCCUUUAUCAAAGUUUCCUUGUCACCAAGCACUGCCUUUUCUUAGAAUUACUCUUACAGCGCUAUAUACUAAGCAAAAUGUGCCUAACAGAUGCAUUUUUCUCCUAAAAUUGCUACAACCUACAGUUAAGUACAGGUGUUGAGAGGAAGCAAUAUAUUAGAAGGGAUUCACUUGACGUGUCUGUGUGUGUGUACUCUCCAGAUGUCUGAAAAGUUUUCUUGGUUGAAUCAAGCAGAAAAACAAAGACAGUAAAAAGGGAGCUUGCUGCCACCUGCUGUGUUUGAGUGUUUUGCCAUUGUCGUAAUGUUUUAGAGGUAUAAUUGCUUUCCUGUUUUUCUCUUAUGCCUGUUACAUGACUAGUAGUCCAUAGCUUCCAAGAGAUCUGCACAGCAACGAGCGGUUGCCGUGCCAGAGAAAGUCCUGUCUGCUGUUACAGGGCGUGCCAUGCAUUUGGUGGUGUUCCGGAUCAUUUCCUAUUGGUUGUUAUCAUCUUUUCUGCAGUCUUUUUUGGUUGCAACUCAGAUGUUCCUGAGCAAGAGGGAAAAAUCAUCCAUGUUCUUAAGUAUGUAAAGGAUGCUGUGUUUUUUCCUUCUGAGCUUUUGCCUCUAGCUGCUGAGUCAUUGGUAAAGGAGGGCUUAACUGCAAUUCCCUAGGGAGUCACUGAGGUCGAGUCAUUUUGGUUGAGCUGCUGUCACUACCAGUACUGUGAAAUGUCAGUGAUAGCUUUAGAGCUGCGAAAAUACAAGGGCAGCUUCUGGCAAUUUUCAUGUGCUCAGUAAUGAUAUUAAAGAAUCUUCAGUUGUGAACAAAAAGUGGUGAUUGAGUUUACAGAAGAAGUAUUAGAAAGGGAAGCUAGAGGUAAACUGUUCCACUACCAUCUCUUGUUGAACUUACUUUCACCUGCAUUUGAGAGGGAGGCAUUGCCUUGAUGAGGGCACUUACAUCCACACUGGCAUUGCCUGUGCCAGCUGAUAGAUACGUGUUAGCUUGUUCCUCAGCAGAAGAAUCGUUUCUCACCUCACUCUGGAAUUUCUGCCUGGCUGUACCUUACCCUGCUGAACUGUGAAAGGUUUAGAGAUUACUGUUAAAAUCAUGUUGAUGUUCUCCUCUCCCUCCACAGGAUGAGACUGAAAAGAAGGA